CAUCUACACGCCGUUCACAGAGGACACACCCUCGGUGGGCCAGCGCCUGCUCAACUCCGUGUUGAACACCCUCAUCAUGAUCAGCGUCAUCGUGGUUAUGACCAUCUUCCUGGUGGUCCUGUACAAGUACCGCUGCUACAAGGUGAGCAUCUACACGCCGUUCACAGAGGACACACCCUCGGUGGGCCAGCGCCUGCUCAACUCCGUGUUGAACACCCUCAUCAUGAUCAGCGUCAUCGUGGUUAUGACCAUCUUCCUGGUGGUCCUGUACAAGUACCGCUGCUACAAGUUCAUCCAUGGCUGGUUGAUCAUGUCCUCCCUCAUGCUUCUUUUCCUGUUCACUUACAUCUACCUCGGGGAAGUGCUCAAGACCUACAACGUGGCCAUGGACUACCCCACCCUCCUGCUGACCGUCUGGAACUUCGGGGCGGUGGGCAUGGUGUGCAUCCACUGGAAGGGGCCGCUGGUGCUGCAGCAGGCCUACCUCAUCAUGAUCAGUGCGCUCAUGGCCCUUGUGUUCAUCAAGUACCUCCCGGAGUGGUCUGCCUGGGUCAUCCUGGGCGCCAUCUCCGUGUACGAUCUUGUGGCCGUGCUGUGUCCCAAAGGGCCACUGAGAAUGCUGGUGGAAACUGCCCAGGAGAGAAACGAGCCCAUAUUUCCUGCCCUGAUAUACUCCUCUGCCAUGGUGUGGACGGUGGGGAUGGCCAAGCUGGACCCCUCCUCUCAGGGAGCCCUGCAGCUCCCCUACGACCCAGAGAUGGAAGAAGACUCCUAUGACAGUUUAGGGGAGCCCUCGUACCCCGAGGUCUUUGAGCCCCCCCUGCCUGGCUACCCCGGGGAGGAGCUGGAAGAACAAGAAGAAAGGGGCGUGAAGCUGGGCCUGGGCGACUUCAUCUUCUACAGCGUGCUGGUGGGCAAGGCGGCCGCCACCGGCAGCGGGGACUGGAACACCACGCUGGCCUGCUUCGUCGCUAUCCUCAUUGGCCUAUGUCUGACCCUCCUGCUGCUCGCCGUGUUCAAGAAGGCGCUGCCCGCCCUCCCCAUCUCCAUCACCUUCGGCCUCGUCUUUUACUUCUCCACGGACAACCUGGUGCGCCCCUUCAUGGACAGCCUGGCCGCCCACCAGCUCUACAUCUGAGGACCAGCUCUACACGGUGGGCACCUGCAGGGGGUCUUAACCGGACGGGGUCGUGUAGUUUUACACUCUAGUGCCAUAUAUUUUCAAGACUCUUCUUUCCUUAAAAAAAAAAAAAAUGUAUGAUGUUUACUUCGUGGAGAGGAAGCAGAACCAGCUUUUUGGUGCUAGCUGUGCGGUCCCCAGACGGGCUCCCCCUUCGUGGCACCCCACGUGCCCCAGUGCACGUUUGUCCAGAUGACCUGGGUCAGGGGGAACGUGCAGAAGGACACCUGCUCACGUCUAGAAUCCCCUAAGGACUAGGGGUCCGUGCUUGGGAGCAGCACCCAGUACCUGUCCAGAGGAGAAAAGCCAGUUCCCUGCAAGGAAGGUUCCCAGGGCUCUGUCUAGGACGUCACUGUUGUUUUAUUACUUUUGGAAACCGAAUCCUGUUCUUGUUAAUGGCAGUUGCUGCUGGGAAGCGGCUUAAUAUUCAUAUCAAUAAAUAGAUGAGUCCCGGUGGGA